AUGCCUGUGACAAACGAGGAGCUUAACAAGGACAAUGCCAGUGUGUCGGAGACUCCCGGCAAAGCUGUUAAUCAGAGAGUCAGCCGCAGCUCAUUUGAACCUUUACCGCGGAUUGAUGACAGGCAGACAUUUAGGUUUGUCCAACGUAAAGUGACGAUCAUGUCGUCGCAAAGUCCCUUCACGGUUUCAAAAAAGAAACUGAAGCCUUGGAAGAGGAAGGUGAGUUCGCGGACUUUUAUAGCUCUGACAUUGAAGUCACUGACUAGACGUCGAGAUCUAAGCACAGUUCUGCUGCUUAUAUGUCCGUCGUCGAAGUGCGAUUGCCAUAGGAUCCACAUAUAUAGCUCUAGAAGCCAUAAACAUUUGGGCUCGGCGAAGCUGACCAUCGAAGAGGCGGAUUUGCUCGAAAGCCAUCGCAAUCUGGACAACUAUUCGGUGGCCUACUGCUCACUGCCGCUCACCCUGCAGGACGCAGCUAGCAAUAGCCUGAUCAAGAAGCAGAUCUUCGAUUUAGCCCAGGAUCCGUCGCAGAUUCCGCGGCAUUUAUUGCACCAGGGCAAACCGCUAUGCAUUUCCACAAGUUUCUUGCUAAACGAUAAGGGUGACAACCAAUAUAAAAUGGGGGACUUCAAGGAUCAAUUAAACUCUAUUAACAGCAAAACGUUGGAAAAAAGGUUCCUGUUUUUGAGGUCUCAGGAUAAAAAGGAGCAGAAGAAGGCUAUGCAGUCGAGACUCAUUAUAAAGGAGAGAAAAUCCCAACUCCGCCUACUCGCCCGGAAAAUUCGUCAGCGCUCAUACAGGGAGUCAGUGGCAGAACCUGUCAAAAGUCUAUCUGCAAGAAUAAAAAGCAUUCACACCAGUCCGCCUUUGACACCGGGAACUGACGAUGCUCAGGAGGUCAGUCAACAAACAUUACGGGAGUAUCCACGUCGUUUUACAUCUACAUCUCUCUGCAAGCCCAUAACUAAUGAGUUUCCUAAGGACAUAAAAGAAGAUGGGCGUUCGUCACAGAAGAGGAUUCGAAAAACCAUGCCCGAGUCUCCGCGUCGAAUUCCAUCCAUCCGAAACUAUUCUAUGCGCCAAACCAAACACAAAAAGAAACGAAAACAGCAUCAUCGCAAGCCACAGGAGCAGAACCAACGAGAGCUAGUCUUCUCUACGACUCGCAAUGACGUUCUGCACAAGCGAGUAGCUGAAGAAAAUGACGCAAACAAACAAGACGAGGACUGGGGCAACGUACAGGGGGAGAGUCAUCAAGCAUGGCCCCAGCUUAAAAAUGAUGAAGCCCAGAGGAAUCCAGACGAAAACAGCAGCUUAAAAGAGGAGCAGAUUCCGCAACUUUUUCCCGAGUCUCCGCGUCGACUUGCACCCAUACGCAACAGUGCUUCGGCUGAAGACAAAACAGAUGAGCUCCAAAAGAAACGAAAAGAGCAUCAUCGCAAGCCACAGGAGCAGAACCAACGGGAGCUAGUCGUCUAUCCAACUCGCAAUUCCGUUCUGCACAAGCGAGUAGCUGAAGAAGAUGACCCAAACAAACAAGACGAGGACUGGGGCAACGUACAGGAGGAGAGUCAUCAAUCUUGGCCCCAGCUUAAAAAUGAUGAAGCCCAGAGGAAUCCAGACGAAAACAGCAGCUUAAAAGAGGAGCAGAUUCCGCAACCUUUGCCCGAGUCUAUGCGUCGACUUCCACCUACACGCAACAGUGCUUCGGCUGAAGACAAAACAGAUGAGCUCCAAAAGAAACGAAAAGAGCACCAUCGCAAACCACAGGAGCAGAACCAACGAGAGCUAGUCUUCUCUCCGACUCGCAAUUCCGUUCCGCACAAGCGAGUAGCUGAAGAAGAUGACCCAAACAAACAAGACGAGGACUGGGGCAACGUACAGGAGGAGAGUCAUCAAUCUUGGCCCCAGCUUAAAAAUGAUGAAGCCCAGAGGAAUCCAGACGAAAACAGCAGCUUAAAAGAGGAGCAGAUUCCGCAACCUUUGCCCGAGUCUAUGCGUCGACUUCCACCUACACGCAACAGUGCUUCGGCUGAAGACAAAACAGAUGAGCUCCAAAAGAAACGAAAAGAGCACCAUCGCAAACCACAGGAGCAGAACCAACGAGAGCUAGUCUUCUCUCCGACUCGCAAUUCCGUUCCGCACAAGCGAGUAGCUGAAGAAGAUGACCCAAACAAACAAGACGAGGACUGGGGCAACGUACAGGAGGAGAGUCAUCAAUCUUGGCCCCAGCUUAAAAAUGAUGAAGCCCAGAGGAAUCCAGACGAAAACAGCAGCUUAAAAGAGGAGCAGAUUCCGCAACCUUUGCCCGAGUCUAUGCGUCGACUUCCACCUACACGCAACAGUGCUUCGGCUGAAGACAAAACAGAUGAGCUCCAAAAGAAACGAAAAGAGCACCAUCGCAAACCACAGGAGCAGAACCAACGAGAGCUAGUCUUCUCUCCGACUCGCAAUUCCGUUCCGCACAAGCGAGUAGCUGAAGAAGAUGACCCAAACAAACAAGACGAGGACUGGAGCAACGUACAGGAGGAGAGUCAUCAAUCUUGGCCCCAGCUUAAAAAUGAUGAAGCCCAGAGGAAUCCAGAAGAAAACAGCAGCUUAAAAGAGGAGCAGAUUCCGCAACUUUUGCCCGAGUCUCCGCGUCGACUUCCACCUACACGCAACAGUGCUUCGGCUGAAGACAAAACAGAUGAGCUCCAAAAGAAACGAAAAGAGCACCAUUGCAAGCCACAGGAGCAGAACCAACGAGAGCUAGUCUUCUCUCCGAUUCGCAAUUCCGUUCUGCACAAGCGAGUAGCUGAAGAAGAUGACCCAAACAAACAAGACGAGGACUGGGGCAACGUACAGGAGGAGAGUCAUCAAGCUUGGCCCCGGGUUAAAAAUGAUGAAACCAAGAUGAAUCCAGAAGAAAACAGCAGCUUAAAAAAGACGCGGAUUCCACAACCGUUGCCCAAGUCUCCGCGUAGACUUCCACAUAUACGCAACACUGCUUUGGCUCAAGGCAAAACAGAUGAACUCAGAAAGAAACGAGAAGAAGAUAGGCGCAAGCAACAGGAACGGAACCAACGAGUUCUAGCCUUCUCUCCCACUCGCAAUAUUGAUCUACGCAAGCGAGUAGCUCAAGAAGCUGCCCCAAACAAACAAGAGAAGAGUCUGCCGACUAUGCUCGAAUUUCCGCGUCGUCUACCAUUUAUGCGUAGCACUGCUCUCCGCAAACUCAAAGCUAAAGAGGUUUCGAGGAAGAGCGCAGAGGACGACCGACCAAAACAGGAGGUGACUCAACAAACUUGGCCCGAGUCUCCGCGUCGUCUAUCAUCUGUACGUAACUCAGCCAUGCGCCAAACCGUAACAGAUGAACUUGAUGAGGAACGAGAAGAGGAAAGAUGCAAACAACAGUCUGCUCUGAGCCAAAGUCAAUCCAAUGAAGUUCAGAGGAAUCCAGAAGAAGACAGCGGACUAACAGAGGAGCAGAUUCCAAAACCUUUGUCCAAGUCUCCGCGUCGACUUCCCUCUGCACGCAGCUUACCUAUGCGGCACAUCAAAAUCAAAAAGAAACAAAAAGAGGACAAAAGCAAGCCACAGGAACAGAACCAACGAGCGCUAGUCUGCCCUCCGAUUCGCAAUUCCCUUCUGCACAAGCGAGUAGCUGAAGAUGAUCCAAAAAAACAAGUCGAGGAAUUGCGAUCAAAGAAAGAGAAGAGUAUACAAGCUUUGUUCGAAUCUCCGCGUCGUUUACCAUUUAUGCGGAGCACUGCUCUGCGCAAACUCAAAGCUUAUGCGGUUUCGAGGAAGAGUGCAGAGGACGACCGACCAAAACAGGAGGUGACUCAACAAACUUGGCCCGAGUCUCCGCGUCGUCUAUCAUCUGUACGUAACUCUGCCAUGCGCCAAACCGUAACAGAUGAAUUUGAUGAGGAACGAGAAGAGGAAAGAUGCAAACAACAGUCUGCUCUGAGCCAAAGUCAAUCCAAUGAAGUUCAGAGGAAUCCAGAAGAAGACAGCGGACUAACAGAGGAGCAGAUUCCAAAACCUUUGUCCAAGUCUCCGCGUCGACUUCCCUCUGCACGCAGCUUACCUAUGCGGCACAUCAAAAUCAAAAAGAAACAAAAAGAGGACAAAAGCAAGCCACAGGAACAGAACCAACGAGCGCUAGUCUGCCCUCCGAUUCGCAAUUCCCUUCUGCACAAGCGAGUAGCUGAAGAUGAUCCAAAAAAACAAGUCGAGGAAUUGCGAUCAAAGCAAGAGAAGAGUAUACAAGCUUUGUUCGAAUCUCCGCGUCGUUUACCAUUUAUGCGGAGCACUGCUCUGCGCAAACUCAAAGCUUAUGCGGUUUCGAGGAAGAGUGCAGAGGACGACCGACCAAAACAGGAGGUGACUCAACAAACUUGGCCCGAGUCUCCGCGUCGUCUUUCAUCUAUACGUAACCCUGCUAUGCGCCAAAGCAAAACUGAUGAACUCGAAAAGAAACGAGACGAGGGCAGUUCCAAACAACAGUCUCCUCUGAGUCAAUGCAAAACUGAUGAAGCUCGCGACGUAGACAGCCGCUCAACACAGGAGCGGAUUCCAAAUGCUUUUCCAGAGUCUCCGCGUCGUCUACCAUUUAUGCGUACCUCUGUUCUGCACAAGCCCAAAGCCAAUGAGGUUACCAAGAACAGAGCAGAAGACGGCCGACCUAGGCAGGAGGAGCGUGAACAAACUAUGCGAAUCUCCGAGUCUCCGCGUCGUCUAUCAGCUAUCAAACGACAGUCUGCUGUGCGCCAGCUCCAAGCUGAUGAAUCCCAGGAAGGUCCAGAAGAAGUCAGCCGCCUUAAAAAGGAGCAGAUUCCACAACCUUUGCCCGAGUCUCCGCGUCGACUUCCAUCUGUACGCCAAACCAAACCAAAGCGCAAGGAACUGAUCCAAAGAGCGUGUACCCUUCAUUCGGCUCGUAAAUCUGAUCUGCGCAAGCAAUUAUCUGAAAAAGCUGUUCGAGAUAGGCGAGACGAGGACUGGCCCAAAGAACAAGUGCGGAAUAACAUAACGUUGCACGCGUUACCCAACCAGCAAGACAAACAAAUUCCGGAUAAUGCCCGGAACACCCCAAAAGAUACCAGGAGCACACUACAGAUGCGGAUUCAUCCAACUUUGAAGAAGAAUCGAAGUCUAAUGUCGAAGGCGUGGAAAGCGAAGACCCGCGCAGAGCCAGAUAAGACUGAAGUUGUGUCAUUGAUAUCGCCGGUAAAUCUGGUUGACUCGGUGGGUCAUGUACCGACGCUGUUCCCCGGCAUCGAAUGCCCCAAUUCAAUCUUCCAAACAUCAUCAACAUCGUUUUGUCGCCUGUAUAAGCCAGUAAAGAUUCCUGCCGAGUUCUCUCCUGCAGCCUGCCUUCACCUUAAGGGAAAGUUACGCAAUCUGAACAUAAAUCGAGCCUUUUCAAAAUUUGUCAAUCUAGUGAAUGCUAUCAACAGCACUGCCAAUCCCUUGGUCGAUCACCUGCUAUUCUUCUUCCAGUUCGCCGAAUUCAUUGAUUUGAAGAUGUACGCCAGAAAGAUUCUCUACCGUUCGAGGUCCUCAUCCACCGAGGAAGCGGAACCUCUACGUUUCCAAAUUGAGUGCUACGUUUUUGAGGACCGUCGAGACUAUGUUACCUCCAUCUCCAUGGCAUCCGAGCCACUGCUGCGGAUUAGAGAAGCCAUUCCGGGAGUGGAGCGUCGCUUGAAAUUAAUCGAUGAUGUCUUUGAGCUGACCAACGUUCCCCCAAUCAUUGCCAAAUGUCUAAAGAUGGCCCUAAACGCCGUUGAUGCUGCACCUCUCUACCAUAUAAUUGGUGAAGUGCUCUAUGCGAUGAAGUACCCCGAGGAGUCGCUAAUUCAACUCAAUUGUACCCCUUGA